CUUUAUUUUUUCUCUUUAAAAUAAAAAGUCUAGUUUUGGACAAAAAACAAAAGCUGCUCAACCACCAUUGAGGAACCUUCAACUGUUAUUUGCCAACUCUGAAUCUUUCUUACAGUUUUUUAGGUAUUCUUCAAUAGACAUGGAGAAAUUUCCCACCAGCAAUGUGGAUGUGCAGACAAUGAUUUGCUCAUUGGUGCUUGAAACUGCUCAAAAAUCUCUUCUUUCUCUUCUCUUCAUGAUUGAGUUUCUAAGCUUGUACCCGGACCUUGUUGGAGUAGAGAGGAGGUUUCCUUUUGGUGAGCUUAAAAGAGCUACGGCGCUAGAUAAUGAACCCAAGGAUUCAAGUGAAACUGAUGAUGAUGAUGAAAAUGAAAACGAUGACGACACCAAUAAUGAUGAAGAGGAUGAUGAUGAAGAUGAUGAAGGAAGUGACGAUGAUGAAGAGGAUUCUGAUGGAGAUGAUGCUGGGGCAAAUGGAAAUGAAGGGAGUGAUGAUGAUUCCGAUGACGAAGAUGAUGAUGACGAUGAUGAGGAGGAUGAUGACGACGAGGAGGAUGACGAGGAAGAAGAUAAUCAACCACCAUAUACGAAGAUAAAAUGAAAAGAUCGCACUAAAAUUUCCAGAAUUCCUAGAAUUAGUUGAUAGAAAUUUCAAUGAUAAAGUUAAUUUUCUAGUCUCUUCCAUGCUGAAACUAUUAAAAGUUCUAGCUCUGGGAAUGGCUAUUUUUUGUUGUCCAUUCCAGAUUUUUGGCGUAUCUCAAAGUGAGGAGAUUCUUUAUGCUUAAAACUCUCAAAUUCCUUGUAUUGCCUCAAGUUAAGUUACAGAGGAAGAAAGAGGACUAGGCCUUGCUUUCUUCUACAAAUGAGAUUUGGAUCA